AUGGCAUGCUGGAUGUGGUUACUCUACAGAGGGUUGUUGGUGGCUCAAAAAUUAGGGGUGAUUGUUCAACAUUUAAGCAACGGUGUUUGUCAAACUUACUUCCCGAUGUUCGAUGGACCGCAGGUUUACCCAAACCAUUCCAUUUUAACGAUUGCUUAUGUCGAAGAUAGCCAUUUCAUCAUGGUUCAGUUAGCGGAUGAUAGCCCGAUGCCAGUAUCAAAUGGACUUUGGAAUAUAUACCGAAGUAUGGAAGCUAUGGAAUGGGAGACAAUGUACAUGUCUCGUAUUUCACAGGAUAACAUUUCCAAGUGGGAGGAACGUGUAUGCAUAAACAGUGGAAGAAAGUUUUUCAAACCUAAAGUCAGUGGAUCUAUUACACCUGCUAUUGGAAUGCUUUUUAAGUCAGUUGAUGAGGCAUUUGCAUUUUAUCAGAGAUAUGCACUUGCUGCAGGUUUUUCUGCAAGAAAAAAUACCUCUUGGAAAAAUGUUGGUGGUUUAGUAAAAAUAAGAUAUAUUGUCUGUUCAAAAGAAGCAUUUCAUGUUAGCAAAGAAAUAGAUUCUGGUUCAGUUGAGAAUAGUAAAAAGAUUGUUAGACGUAAUAGAGGUUCAAAAAGAGUUGGAUGCAAUGCUCAUGUGAAACUAAUAUUAGAGAACAAUAAUAUAUUUAAAAUCUACUACUUUGAAGAAGAACAUAAUCAUAUCUUUGUUGAAGAUGAAGAUAUUCAUUUCUUGCCGGCUGCCAGAAGUAUCGAUUAUGUGAAAGAAAGUUUUAUAUCUGGAUUAUCUGCAAUCAAUAUUGGACCUGUUAAAGCAUUCAAUAUUAUGAAAACAAUGUAUGGUGGUUUUGGUGAAGUUGGAGCUAGUAAAGUUGAUUGUAAGAAUUAUAGAAGGGAUUUGAAUCUUUACAUCGGAGAGUAUGAUGCAGAAAUGGUAGUUAGGCGUCUUAUUAGGAAGAAAGAAUGUUGUCCUGGUUUCACAUGUGAUUAUGUUAUUAGUGAAGAUAGAAGAUUGAAAGGGCUUUUCUGGGCUGAUGAGCAAUCAAAAAAAAAUUAUACAGUGUUUGGUGACAUAUUUGGUUUUGAUGCUACUUAUAAAUCAAACAAGUAUGAUUUGGUUUUUGUACCAUUUACUGGUAUUGAUAAUCAUUUUAGGAAUGUCAUAUUUGGUGGUGCAUUACUUGGUUCGGAGACUGCAGAUUCGUAUAGAUGGCUUUUAAGAUGCUUUGUUAAUGCUUUUGGAAGUGAGCCUAAAGUUGUUGUUACUGAUCAAGAUGCUGCAAUGAAGAGAGCUAUUAAGGAUGUACUUCCAAGAAGUAGGCAUAGGUUAUGUAUGUGGCAUAUAUGGGAGAAAUUGAAGACAAAGGUUAGUCCUGUUUUGUCAGCAAACACUGAUUUUAAUACAAGAAUGACUCAUGUUGUUUGGAAUGAUACUAUUAUUCCAGAAGAUUUUGAAACUGAGUGGCAUUCAAUAAUGUCUACUUUUGGAUUGGAAAAUCAUGAGUGGUUAAAAGACAUGUACGAUCUUCGAUUUGAUUGGAUUCCUGCUUAUUACCAUGGAGAGGAUUUGGCUGGGCUUAUGCGUACUACGUCAAGAUGUGAAAGCGAGAAUUACUUCUUUGGUCAGAUUUGCAAUCCAAGAUGUACACUUGUUGAAUUUUUCACUCAUUUUGAGACUGCAAUUGAUAUUCAAAGGCAUGAGCAUAGGGGGAAUGAUCAUGAUACAAGCAAAGAAGAAGAUGGUUUAAGUAUAAGUUGUUCUUGCAAACGGUUUGAACAAUUUGGUAUAUUGUGCCGCCAUAUAUUUUACGUAUUACGGUAUGAGGAUAUAAGUGAGUUUCCUAGAAGAUAUGUUCAUAGAAGAUGGAUGAGAGAUGUUGUUUCAGUGGGAUCAAAUCAUUCCAAUAUUCGAUUUGAUGAAAUUGGUAGGAAUAGUGAAAUUGAUAAAGUUUAUAGAGAAAUCGUUGUUGCAAAUGAGUAUGUGGUUAAUAGGUUGGUUGGCGAUUUAGAUGAACUGUGUCGUUACAGGGAUCAUAUUAAAAGUUAUAUUGAUAAAGCGGAUGAGGUUAUGGUUGCUGCGCCGCCUCCUAGUCGCAAAGAAAGAUUUGCUGAUAUUGGAGGGAACAUAGAAAAAUCAGAUUCUAUGAUUCGUGUCUCGGUCAAAGUAAGGACCAAAGGAUGCGGUGUACAAAAAAGGAUCAAGUCUAAUCGUGAGAUUGCAAUUCAGAAAUCAUCAAAGAUCCAGAAAUCGUGCCGUGUAUGUGGUGGAAAAGGACAUAACAGUCGAACAUGUAAAGAUAAGGUUUCUUCUAAUGCUAUAGGUUCUAGCAAUGCAAUGUAA